AUGGCCGCGCUGCCCGGCACGGUGCCGCGCAUGAUGCGCCCGGCGCCGGGGCAGAACUACCCGCGCACCGGCUUCCCCCUGGAAGUGUCCACGCCGCUGGGCCAGGGCCGCGUGAACCAGCUGGGCGGCGUGUUCAUCAACGGGCGCCCGCUGCCCAACCACAUCCGCCACAAGAUCGUGGAGAUGGCGCAUCACGGCAUCCGGCCCUGCGUGAUCUCCCGCCAGCUGCGCGUCUCCCACGGCUGCGUGUCCAAGAUCCUCUGCCGCUACCAGGAGACGGGCUCCAUCCGGCCCGGCGGCAGCGGCGGCUCCAAGCCCAGGCAGGUCGCCACUCCCGACGUGGAGAAGAAAAUCGAGGAAUAUAAACGGGAGAACCCCGGGAUGUUCAGCUGGGAGAUCCGCGACCGGCUGCUAAAGGACGGGCACUGCGACCGCAGCACGGUGCCCUCAGUGAGUUCGAUUAGCCGUGUGCUACGCAUCAAAUUCGGGAAGAAAGAGGAAGAGGAGGAUUGCGACAAGAAGGAGGAGGACGGCGAGAAGAAGGCCAAGCACAGCAUCGACGGCAUCCUGGGCGACAAAGGUAACGGGCCGGGGCGCGGGGCGAGGCGCGAGGGCGGCGCGGGCUGCGCGGCGGAUCCGCAAAUUCCCAUGAAGCGGAAGCAGCGGCGGAUCCGCACCACGUUCACGAGCUCCCAGCUCAAGGAGCUGGAGCGGGUCUUCGCCGAGACCCACUACCCCGACAUCUACACGCGCGAGGAGCUGGCCCUCAAAAUCGACCUCACCGAAGCCCGCGUGCAGGUGUGGUUCAGCAACCGAAGAGCGAGGUGGCGCAAACAGGCGGGCGCCAACCAGCUUGCGGCGUUCAACCACCUGCUGCCGGGGGGCUUCCCGCCCGCUGGAAUGCCGGCUCUGCCCCCGUACCAGCUGCCGGACUCCACCUACCCCACAACCACCAUUUCCCAAGACGGGGGAAGCACCGUGCACCGGCCCCAGCCGCUGCCGCCCUCCACCAUGCACCAGGGCGGCCUCGCCGCCGCGGCCGCCGCCGACAGCGGCUCUGCCUACGGCGCCCGGCACGGCUUCUCCAGCUACUCGGAGAGCUUCAUGAACGCCGCGGCGCCCGCCAACCACAUGAACCCCGUGAGCAACGGCCUCUCCCCACAGAAGCAGGGUGCCCAAAACGAGAUGCAGUGCUCCAGGUGGAACCUCACCAUAGCCUUGAACAACCAGGUAAUAACUCCCCACCGCCUCUCUUCCG